AAUACCUCAAUAAAACAUUUGACUAAUGACUAACUUCAUUAUAUGGUUUGUUUGAUGAGUGAAAUAAUGCUCCAGUGUCUGAACAGAAAUAACUCCAUGACUGCAGGGUGUCUCUCCUCCUCUCUCUGACAGCCGCCUCUCGCGAGCGCACCGUGCUCUCUGGACAGCGCAACGCCUCGUGCGCCCCCCGCAGUCUCUCCCCGGGACAACACCGGGCUGUGAAAACAUCCUGCCUGCCUCAAAAUCGCAGAUGAGCUGCGGCGGCGGCGGCGGGAGCCAGAGACGACGCCGCCCCCUCCGGCGGGUGACCGACCGACCGAUUGCCCGGUGCUAACCGGUGGUAUGGAUGCGCUGACCCCGAGAGAAGCCGCAUUCCCCAAAUGGCGGAGUGAGUGAGGAUGCGACUCCCCAGUUCCAUAUUUGUGUCGGUGUCUCUGUUCACGGCCGAGACCACGGCAGCGCUCUACCUCAGCUCCACGUACCGCUCAGCUGGAGACCAAAUCUGGCAAGGGCUCACGCUCCUCUUCACGCUCGUACCGUCCGUGCUCGUGCAGCUGACCCUCACCUUCAUCCACCGGGACCUGAGCAGAGACAGACCGCUCAUCCUGCUGCUGCACAUCCUGCAGCUCGGACCCAUCGUCAGGUGUCUGGAGGCGUUCUGUAUCUAUGGCAGUGUGGGCCGAGUGGAGGAGCCGUAUGUCAGCAUCACCAGGAAGAAGCAGAUGCCUCGCGGGGGUCAGUCUGAGGAGGUGGAGCGGCAGGUGGGGCAGGCGGAGGGGAAACUGUUUACUCACCGAGCAGCCUUCGCCCGCACCUCUGUCAUUCAGGCCUUCCUGGGAUCUGCCCCCCAGCUCACCCUGCAGCUUUACAUCUGCGUCCUGCAGCAAGGGGUGUCCAUCGGAAGAGGCACACUGAUGGUGAUCUCCCUCCUGUCCAUCGUGUACGGAGCGCUGCGCUGCAACAUCCUGGCCAUUAAGAUCAAAUACGACGACUAUGAAGUGGACGUCCGGCCCAUGGCUUACCUGUGCAUCUUCCUGUGGAGGAGCUUUGAGAUCGCCACCCGUGUGGUGGUUUUGGUUCUGUUCAGCUCUGUGCUGCAGCUCUGGGUCCUGCCUGUUGUCCUGCUUAACUUCCUGGUUUUCUUCCUCUACCCGUGGAUCCUGUUCUGGCAGAGCCACUCACCAUUCCCCGAGAACAUAGAAAAAACUCUGACCAGGGUGGGAACCACCAUCGUGCUCUGCCUGCUCACCUUCCUCUACGCCGGCAUCAACAUGUUCUGCUGGUCAGCCGUGCAGGUGAAACUAAACGACCCAGACCUCAUCAACAAGUCCCAGAACUGGUAUCGCAUGGCCGUGUACUACAUGUUGCGCUUUGUGGAGAACGCCUCACUGCUCCUGCUCUGGUACAUCCACAAAACUGACUUCUACAACUUCAUCUGCGCCCCACUGCUGGUGCUGCAGCUGCUGGUCGCCUACGCCAUCGCCAUCUUCUUCAUGCUGGUCUUCUAUCAGUUCUGUCAUCCAUGUCGGAGGCUCUUCUCCUCCAGCAUGACCCACAACCUGUGGAACUGCUCCUCCCUGCUCUGUCUCAUGUGCAACUCUGCUUCACCACAGAACAGGCCGAUGGGGAAGUCGCCCAGCCCGACCACACGCAAAGAGCCGGCUGAUGACGGGGCCCACGACUCAGCCAGCGACACCACAGAGGACAUGCCUAAUGAAACAACAUACGACAUGCUCAACGACACAAUCUGUGAAACUCCUAAUGAAAUGGGCAGUAAUAUAUGUGGUGGAAUCAAUGGUGACAUUAACCACAGUGUAUCCUGCAACGCUUAAAGCAUCACGUGCCAUCCAGAGGAGCGACUGUUAUCACACCCUCUGCGACCUUUUAAGUGCCACAUGAGUUUACACUUUGAAUCCUUUCAUAUAUCCAUCUCAACUCUGUUUUCUACCACUCUAUGUUCCUCCUACGUGAAGCAAAUGUGUCCUUAACUGGAGAUGUAUUCUGGCUGCAGAGGUGGUGCUCACCUGAGUCAUCAGCCAACAUCCUGGGCCCAUCAUCCUGCAGGCUUUAAUACAAAUAUAAAAACACGGACAUCACCAUUGCGUCUUUAGUUCUGGAGACUGUGUCCACUAAUAUGCUGCAUUACUGAUCACAAGGCGCCAUGCGUUUGAAUUGAUUGUAUUUAGUAUCUGUUUGGCAUGGAGGUGUGCAUGUGUGGAGCCUCAGAUGACUUCCUGCAGGGGUGAGGGGGGUUUGUUUUGUACAGGGUUUUUUCUGAACCCCCCCAUCUAGUUUUAUGGCUGCAAGCAAUCAGCUUUUUUUACUCCUUGAUAAGAGCUUUAUCAUAAAUACGCGCUGCUUCUGUGAUGUGUUUGUGCUUGGCGAUGAGAUGUGAAUCUCCACACAUUGUUUAAUAAAAAGAGCCCGUUUGAUCACCAAACACGUUACUUGUAAAGCACGGACAUCUCCAAUGUUUUUGCACGUUUACAAAAAAAAAAAAAAGGAUUUAAGUGGCUUUGGUUCAGCUGUUGAGCACUGUAUGAUGUAUUUGCUAAUUUCUAAUUCAUGCUUGUCACGUCUGUCAGCUCUGCGUCUGUGUGUCUCAUUAGUUAGGAUAUUUACACCGCGUGCACACUAAAUUAUAUCUAACUGAAAAACUGGAACUGUAACAAGUAUUUUUGCUUAUUCUCAACUUUUAAUGCGUAACAGUGUGUGUGAGAGAGAAUGUCAGUGUUGUCUGUUUUGCACCUGCUCCUUUUUGCAAUGUAUCUGCAGAGGGAUGAAAACCUCGGGUAUCAAAUGAAUGCUCCUAAUGUUUGUACAAAUGAGAUAAGCCAAAAAAAAAAAUAUGGAAAAUCUAUUGUACACAUCGAACAUUCUCGUACAGAGCAAGAUAAGAGUAAUAGAAGAUAAAAUCCUAAUUAAAAAUCAAAAUAAAUUUAUAUUUAUAUGUGAAAAUUGUCAGUGCUGUUUUGUUUUUAGCUGAGAAGCUGUUGCCAUAUACAGUCUUGUGCUGACAUCUAGUGGACAAACACCCAAACUGCAACGUCAGUAACAUUUGUCUCCUUUGUGUCAAGUCUGCUAUCAUCACACUGUUAUUACAGUUUUGUAAUUUUAAUUAGUGUGUAUUUUUAUUUCGUUUUAUUUUUCAUUUAGUUUCCAGAGUGGAUUUGCCUUUUUGGUUUUUAGUUUUUAUUGUUAAAAAGUGUUUAGUUUUUUUAAUUUUUAUUAGUUUAAGUAUGAUUUUUUUUUUUCUAAUAUGGGGAUAUUUGUGGCACAUACAAGCAGCCAAAAUGAGUUUCCUCCGUGGGGUGGCUGGGCUCAGCCUUAGAAAUAGGGUAAGCUCGGAGUAGAGCCGCUGCUCCUUCACGCCGAAAGGGGUCAGUUGAGGUGGUUCGGACAUCUGAUCAGUAUGCCUCCCGGGUGCCUCCCAUUGGAGGUCUUCCAGGCAUGUCCCACUGGUAGGAGGCCCCGGGGCAGACCCAGAAUACUCUGGAGGGAUUAUAUAUCUCAUCUGGCCUGGGAACACCUUGAAGUUCCCCGGGAGGAGCUGGAAAGUGUUGCUGGGGAGAGGGAUGUCUGCCCCUGCGACCCGUCCCGGAUAAGUGGAUGAAAAUGGAUGGAUGGAUGGAGGGAUGGAUGGAUAUUUGUCAGGGGCAAGAUUUAAGAAGUUCAGUGAAGGUGUUACAAUACCAACGCAACACCUGAAGGCAGCUGACUCACAUUCAUGUAGACAUCCCAGUCUCAAUAAACAAGCACCAACGCCUCCUCGUGCUUGAUGUGUUGACAAAUUUGACCAAAUUGACUAAACCUCGAGAUAUUUCCUGUAUAUGAAUAUUUUUUUUAUUGUAGUUUUAAAGUCCACAACAUUGUUUCACUUAAUUUCCUUUUUUUCUGUUUAUUUUCUUUAAUUUCAGUUAAUUAAAAUGUUUUUUUACACCUA